GCUCAAUGAAAACAGUAAACAUUUAUUUAUAAUUAUAAGAUAUGUUUUAGAAAUAUUUAUUAUAAACCAAAAUGGAUAAAACCCAAUUAUCCGCGGUUCUACAAGUUCUUAAAAAGUACAAUUUAAAGGGCACUGAAGAGAUACUUAGAAAAGAAGCAAAUUUCACUGAAGUUGCUAAUGAUUUAGGACACGAUUCAGACGUUAACAGCGUCUUAACCGGGUAUAAGAGUGAUGGAGAUCCAGAAGCAUAUGAAGCAGCUUAUACAGACCUGAAAAGAUUUGUAGAAAGUUCACUUGAUAUUUACAAACACGAAUUGGGAUCUAUUCUGUUUCCAGUUUUGGUGCACAUGUAUUUAGAAUUAAUCUACAAUGAUCAUUCUAAUAAAGCAAUGGAAUUAAUGAAGAAAUUUGGACCUGAACAAGAUUAUUAUUACCAUGAUGAUCUUAAAAAGCUAGCAAUGAUAAUGAAAAAGGAGCAUAUGACUGGAAAUGAAAUUGCAGAGACUUUUAAGUCCAACCAGUUUGUUAUAAGGAUUUCUAGAGAUACUUUAUCCUUGUUAAAGAGGCAUUUAAAUGAGAAAAAAUCAUUAAUUUUGCUAAACAUAAUACAGGAUCAUUUAUAUUUUGAUAUGUAUGAGGGUGUUGCUAGAAAUAAAAGCCAAAUUGAUUCUACUGCAGGGUCUAUGGGUGGUGAAAUAUCUAGGCAUAAUAAAACGAAAGUGUAUUAUGGGAUUCCAAAGGGUCCAGAUCCAGUCACAAUUACAGCACCACCUAUUGAAGAUGAGGAAGAGGGUGCUGAUCAAGACAAUCCAGAUAAACCAAAAAAGAAAAAAGCAAAAAAGGAUCCUAUGUUUUCCAAAAAGACCAAGUCAGACCCCAAUGCUCCACCUCCAGAUAGAAUACCAGCUCCAGAAUGGAAGGACAAUGAUAGAACAGAAAAAUUUAAAGCUAAUCGUGAGGCUUCAAAAAGAGUUACUCUAGGAGCAGAAUUACUACCUUCCUGUUGUUGUUACACUUUGUUAAAUGCCAAUUAUACAGUUUGUUGUGCAGAAAUCACAGAAGACUCUAGUAUGUUAGCUGUAGGUUUUAAUGAUUCGAUAGUUAAAGUAUGGACAUUGGUGCCUCAGAAACUAAAAGCUAUGAAGAGUGCUGAACAAUUGGAAGAAGUUAAUAUUGAAGCUGAAGAUGUAUUGGUGAGAAUGAUGGACGAACGUUCAGGGGAAACCUCCCGCACCCUCUGCGGUCACGGCGGUCCAGUAUACUCAGUUUCUUUCUCUCCUGAUCGUACCCUUUUGUUGAGCUGUUCUGAAGACACCACCAUUCGGUUAUGGAGUCUCCAAAUAUGGACUUGUUUGGUUGUGUAUAAGGGACACAUGUUUCCUGUAUGGGAUGUGAAGUUUUCACCGCUAGGAUAUUACUUUGCUUCAGCUUCGUAUGAUAGGACUGCUAGGUUGUGGGCUACGGACCAUUACCAACCUUUAAGAAUGUUCGCUGGGCAUUUUUCCGAUGUAGAUUGCAUUCAAUUCCAUCCCAACUCCAACUACGUAGCGACUGGCUCGAGUGACCGCAGAGUCUGUCUUUGGGACUGCACCACCGGCAAUCACGUCCGUAUAAUGACGGGGCAUAAAUCUCCAAUUUAUUCUCUAGCGUUCAGUAUUUGCGGCAGGUACUUGGCUUCUGGAGGCGCCGAUUGUAAAGUCCUUAUUUGGGACUUGGCUCAUGGGCAUUUAGUCGCUGAGAUGGUUGGACACGAUAAGACCAUUCAUUGUAUGUCAUUUAGUAGGUGUGGCAACAUUUUAGUCUCAGGCGGAUUAGAUUGUACACUGAAGAUUUGGGACUUCAGCAAGCUCAUUGAGGAAACUAAUUCCGAAGAAGUGAACGUUUCCCAUAAUCCUGACGUCAAAACCGGAGAAUCUUACCUUUUAAGAAGUUUUGCAACCAAAAUUCACCCUUGAUUAAUUUGCAUUUUACCCGAAGGAAUUUGCUGAUAUCUGUCGCAAUAUUCGAUGGGAUUCACACGUAGUUAUUAGUUUUUAAAAGAGUAAAAUAAAGUUUUAUACAAUA